UCCCUACUUCAACAUACUCAAAAAACAAUCAAAACCAAGCAUGCAUAUUAUUUCUCCCCAAGCAAACAUUUUCAAGAGAACAUCUUCAUCAAAUUUCUUAAACAAAAAUCCCAUGGAUAGCUACGCAGGUUAUAACAAUUAUCUACCUCCAUAUAAUUUGGAGCCAUCAAACAUCAAUGGAUACCCUUCAUCUUUCUGCCCCGACUUUGAUUUUUCAAGCAAACAACAUCACCCGAAAACGUCCCACAUGAUCAGAUGGAACUCGGGCAAGAGGGUCGACCCGAGGCUUCUGGGCAUGCUAGAGAUGUUCGGGGAGAUCUAUGUUGAACGGCGUGAGUUCUUCGACAAGAUCUUCCACGGAGAUCACGAGGAGGUGUUCAAGAAGAUCGGGCACGCGUUGAAGACGAAGAAGAAGCAGAUGAGCAAGAGUGGGAGCAUGAAGAGGAGCACGAGCAUGAGGGCCAUCAGACAAAGAGGGUUAGAUGCAGAAGAGAUUAAUGAGUUAAGAGCUGAGAGGUUUAAGAUUAGAACACCAAAUGUGAUUGUGGCUGAAGGUGAUGAACAAGGUGCUCAAGCUGCGAAUGAUUCAAAAUAAUUUUAUGGCAUUCUUUGUAAUUAAUAUUCCUUUUUUUAAAAAAAAAACCAAUAAGUUUGGUGCUGUAAUUGGAAACUUGUAAAUUAAUUACCAGAAAGUGCAUAUAGUGUAACUAUUUUUAUUUUAUUUUAUUUUCAAUUGUAUUUCCAUGGAAAACUUGUAAGCCAGAAAGUGCAUAUAAAUAAAACUAUUUAAUUUUUAUUUCAA